ACUUGGCGCUUUACUGAUGACGUUUUAAAAAAGAAAAUAUGGCCACAAGGAAAUAUACCCGUAGAACAAUUCAAGAAAAAGAGAGUCUUCUCGAGAAAUAUGAGCAACUUUCUCAAACAAUGUCCCAAAGCGCUGCAGCACGUCUGCUAAAUGUUUCACCAGCCCUGCUUCAGUACUGGCGUCUCCGGAAUACAAGUGUUAAAAAAGAGGAGUGUUACUUGAAUUGGACUGCUGCUGCUGCUGCUGCUGAAUCUGACAAAACGCAUCAGCUCGAGGCUGCACUCUGGAUGUGGAUCGAUACAUCGCGUGAAAACGGUAUUGCCGUCGACGAUGUUAUGAUUUGUGAAAAAGCGACUCAAGUGUCUGAAAAAGUGGGGUUCUAUAAUUUCUCGGCGAGCACAAAGUGGUUGACAGACUUUAAAAUCAGAGAGACAGCAAUAAGAGAGAUGUUCCAAAUCAAACGAAAAGAGGGCAACGACCGAAGCAAUUCAUCAGAAGAGUCCUCAUCUGACAAUAAUGUGGUGGUGCGGUUUGAAAAACCAACGCCAAAACAAAAAUUUACAUGCACAAGGACGCAUGAAAUUGAAGCUGCUCUCUGGAGGUGGGUCGAUAAUGCUCGUGAGAAAGGUAUAACGCUAGAUGAUUUAAUGAUUCGCAGAAAAGCGCCUCAAGUGGCCGCACAGAUGGGUUUCCAUAACUUCAGGGCGAACACUGAUUGGUUUACACGCUUCAAAGCCCGGGAGGCAUCAAUACGAGCGACUUUCCACAUGGACCAAGACCAGGGCGAAGACAUGAAUAAUCCACCAGAAGAGCCCAAAUCAGACAAUGAGGAGGCGUUAAACUUUGUACCAGGGGUGGGUUUUGCAUUUUCAAAGACGCCAUAUGUUGAAGCUGCACUCUGGAAUUGGAUCGAUAGCUCACGUGAAAAAGGUAUAGAAGUAAAUGAUUCAAUGAUUCGUUCCAAAGCGAUUCGGUUGGCUAAGGCGAUGGGUUUUCGAAACUUCAGGGCAAAGAGAGACUGGUUUGCACGCUUUAAAACCCGAGAAGCAUUAAUACGAGAGACGUUCCACGUUGACCGAAAAGAGGGCGACAACAGCCAGAAUAAUCCACCAGAAGUGCCCGAAUCUGAAAAUGUAAAGGCAGUGAAUUUAGUACCACGUCCAGGGAUAAAUCUAGUAUUCGCAAAGACACCACACGUUGAAGCUGCACUCUGGAGGUGGAUCGAUAGCUCACGUGAAAAUGGUAUCAUCGUAAAUGAUUCAAUGAUUCGUUCAAAAGCGACCCGGUUGGCUCGGGCGAUGGGUUUCCGAAACUUCAGGGCAAAGAGCAACUGGUUCGCACACUUUAAAACCAGGGAGACAUUAAUACGAGAGACGUUCCAUAUAGAUCGAAAAGAGGGCAACGACAGCCAGAAUGGUCCACCAGAAGAGCCCAUAUCUGAAAAAGAGGAUGUGGUAAAUGUAGUUCCAGGGAUAAAUUUUGCAUUCGCAAAGACGCCACACGUUGAAGCUGCACUCUGGACGUGGAUCGAUCGCUCACGGGAAAAUGGUAUCAUCGUAAAUGAUUCAAUGAUACGUUCAAAAGCAUCUCGGUUGGCUAAGGCGAUGGGUUUCCGAAACUUCAGGGCAAGGAGCAACUGGUUGACACGAUUUAAAACCCGUGAGGGAGUAAUUCGAGAGAUGUUCCACAUCAACCGGGAAGAGGGCGAAAGUCGACAUAAUCCAUCACAAGACCCCGAAUUUGACAACAAGGCUGUAACGGUCCUGAGAAUCAAAACGGAAGUGAAAACUGAAAGUGAAAACUCUGAUUACGAAAUGUUUGAACGAACUGAAUUCGAAAGUGAAUCAGAUCUUACGAGUGUAACUGAACAAUCCGACGACAUGAGCGUAACUGAACAAAACAAUGACGAAAGUGAACAAGGCGGAGGGAUAACGCAAUUGAUUUUUCCAAAACAUGAAUCGAUCGAACUUACCUUGCACACAUCUGACAUCGACGGGACUUCACAUUCUGUCACCGUUCCAUCAUUGUCGCAAAUGAAGGAGGCAAUGAAAACUUUGUCGACAGGUUUACUCUGCAGAGGAUUUUGUAACUUUAAACUUCUUCAACAGUUUGAAGAAGAGGUUGAUAAUGUUGUGAGGAAAUCAAUGGCCCUGGAAACACAAAACAUUUUUCAAGUCUAAUCGUGGGCUUAAAGGGAUACUUUCCCCAAAGAUUAAAAUUAUUUCAUCACUUAAUCACCCUCAUGCCAUCCCAGAUGUGUAUGACUUUCUUUCUUCUGCAGAACACAAAAAAAGAUUUUUAGAAGAAUAUUUCUGCUCUGUAGAUCCUCACAAUGCAAGUGAACGGUGACCAAAACCUUGAAGCUCAAAAAGCACUUAAAGACAGAAUAAAAGUAAUGCAUAAGACCCCAGUGGUUAAAUCCAUGACUUCUGAAGCGAUCCAAUCGAUUUUUGAUGAGAACAGAUAAAAAUGUAACUCCUUUUUCACUUUACAACUUGUCAUUGCAGUCUCUAGGCGAUCAUGAUUUCUAGUUCGAUUACACUUCCUAGAGCUUGACGCAUGCAUAGAGCAUUAGAUAGUGCUAGAAAGUUUAAUAGAGCUUGAAAUCAUGAUCACCAAGUAGACUACAGAUGUCAAGUUUUAUAGUGAAAAUGUAGUUACAUUUUGGUCUGUUCUCACCCAAAACUGAUUGGAUCACUUCAGAAGACAUUGAUUAACCCUCCUAUUGUCUUAAGAAACUGCACCCUCCAUUUGUCCUUCGGGUCAUUUUUUACCUUUAUUGAAAACCAUUCAAACUGCAUAAACUCUUGAUUUGCGUACAAUGGCACUAAAGACCCCCCCUUAACGAAAAUCUGUUUUGUUGUGGUCCAAAAGUGUAUAAUCAUAGGGGAAAAGAAUAUUUACUGGAUAUUAAUGGAGUAACGUAAGUUUUAAAUACUUUUUUUUAAAGAUACAAUUUUUUGCAAGUGUUGACCAAGGAUGUCUCAAUUUAUGUUUAUUUCACUUUUGGAAUUUUAUAAUAUGUUAACUAUAUUACAAUAAUUUCUGAUUUAUUCUGCUUUUAGCAAAUCAACAGUGUACAUUUUACAGUUACAAUUUUAGUAUACUGUAUGCCUGUUUCACAAAUGAAUCUCUUAUUACCUUUUCCAGCAGUCAACAUGGGCCCAAUUUGCACGUCCAUUGCAACAAAUCCAUUCCUUCCCACUAAUGUCAAACAAUUUGUUGCAGUGUUACAGGGGUUUAGGAAGGUGCCGUAAUAGUUAUUUCUCCCAUCUAAUGUUUUAGGAGAAAAUGACAUCCAAAUUUGGGGGGCCCCAUUGUACCCUGUCAUAUAAAAUCACGUAAGUAAACUUAUUCACUAACAUAUUAACUAUUCAAAACUGUUAAAAAAAAAAGAAGAAAAAAAAAACUCUCUAUUUGUGUACAUGUGCUUGUGUGCACAAACCCCAUUUGAGAGGAAAGUAUGCGAUUUUUUUGGGAAAGAUGCAGUACCCAGUGGAGCAGAUGAGGGGGGAUACAUUUGAAAAAAUUUGAAAUAUUUUAAAGUCAAAUUUGAUUCAUAGAUGUACAAAAAAAAAAAUGUUGUAUAACAAGAAAAUCCAAAGGGGAAAUGUUACAACUGGUUCUUAACAUACGGGUCAAAAUUGACCCAAAGACAAAUAAAUAUAUAUAUAUAUA